CCGCCGCCGUAGUGCAAUUCUGACAGCUGUCGCGUUCGCACAGGGCGCACCCGGUUUGACGCGUUCGCGGCUAAUUCGAUUUUGACGCGCGAGAUUCGAAUUGUGCGAUACUCUUCGAGCGUUCUUAAAAAAAUUGUAAGUUAAUCUUCGAGUUAUCGCGUCGAUUGGAAUUAAACUUUGAAGUGUUUGCACAGUAAUAAAUAUUAUCGUCUGUCUGGGCCCGAGCCUUAUUGUUUUUCGCUCGAACGAACUAUGUAGUGGUUUGACGUUUGUAUGUAACAUCCGAACCGCUCUCAUUUGUGCCAAAAGUGCGAAUUGUUCAUUGGCCGGAAUUUUGGAGUGAACUGUGCGAUAUUAUGAUGGGUUAUGUCGGUAUGAAGAGACUGUGUGGAUUGGGGACUCGUUUCCAGUUAUUUUUAGCCUGUUUUCUAUUUAAAGAUGUAUUUUCAAUAGAACUAGAAGAGUUGAGAGUUCCUACGCAUGCAGUCAGGAAUCAAAGUGUCACAUUGGAAUGUUACUUCGACUUGGAAGGCGAAACAUUAUAUUCCGUCAAAUGGUACAAGGAUGGCCACGAGUUUUACAGAUUUGUGCCGAAUGACGUUCCACGUGCCCAAUCUUUUUCCCUGCCGGGGAUAACAGUUGAUAUGGAGAACUCGACGCAGAACACGGUCACGCUUACUUCGAUCCAGCUGCCCACUUCCGGUAUCUACCGCUGCGAAGUGUCAGGGGAAGCACCUUCUUUCCAGACGGUGACCGAAAGAGCCGAGAUGAUAGUAGUUGCACUACCAGAAGAAGGUCCCAAGAUCACAGGAGGAAGACCUCGAUAUCAAGUUGGCGAUACUGUGCGUGUGAACUGCACCGCAGGCAGAUCCAAGCCAGCUGCUGUACUCAAUUGGUUCAUCAAUGGCGAGCCUGCCAACGCAUCUUUCUUGAGAGGUCCUGACAUAAUCGUCACAGGCAGAGAAGGCUUAGAGACGUCAAUUCUCGGUCUAGAGUUCACAGUACGACACAAGCAUUUCAAGAAAGGCGACAUGAAGCUCAAAUGCCUUGCAACCAUAGCAACGAUCUAUCUGAAGAGCAACGAGGAGAGCGUAGAAGGCGAGAGGCCUCAGAGGGCUUCUGUUUUGGAGAGUCGAGGUACUGCAGCUCCUAUCAAUUCGAGAGCUGAUAGAGUUCAAGGGGCUGGUUGCAGUGGACUCUCAUUCCCCAGAUAUUUAAUCGUCCUUUUAUGUUGCACGGUCCUGCAGCAAUCUAGGAGAUACCAAACAGUUUGAAGGAAGCCAAAGACACUUGAAUCUAUAGUGAGUGAUAUUGGAUAAUCGUUGCUUUGUACAUUCCUUCCAUAAAUUUCGUUUUUUUUUAAGCUAAUGGGCAGGAGCAUGUAAGCGUGAAAACUUCCCUUAUUGCCCCUUAACGUGGUCAAUUGCAACCGGACUUUUUUAAAUAAUUGUGCUCUCAAAACACACAAAAAAUUAUCAAAAACGAGUUGAACUAACUUUCACAUUAGCAAAACUAGAAAGAAUGAAAGUUAUAUGAUAUCGAUAUAGUUUGAAUCGAUUAACGGAAGUUUUCACAGCGCCCUUUGAUACUCAAAAAAAUUAUCAUUUUCGAUCGAUGUGACAUAAACUCCCACAUCCCUGAGAACUGUAAAUAAAUUUCAUUAUAAGGAUUUGAAUUGAACUAAACCAAAACUAUUUCUCUAGUCUAUGCAUCUUUUAAAAUUUUUGUAAUAUGAGAGGCAUUAUUAUGUCAAUUAGUGAAAGGUGGUGAAGCAUAUCUAAGAAUCUUAUAUCAUCUCUUAGUCCAUAUCAUAUGAAUUCAGAAUCAUCUACAGGAACUAAAUCCGAUAUUUAUAGAAAUGUAUUGAUUAUCAACAUCAGUGCUCCCAAAAGUUCGGUGAAAAACCUUUUUUAGAGGGAAUGUUCCAUUGAACUAUAUGAAGUUGUAAAAAUGCUUUAUUUUAUGGACAUGGAAAAAUUAAUAGGACCUUGUCAUUUUAACGAGAUGUACAUAUAAAUUCGAUAUGACUAGGUCAUAAAUUAUUUUAAUCCACAGACGUUUUAUAACCCUAACCUUGUCCAUGUCAGGCUCAUGAAAUAUUGUUUUUUAGGAUUAACUUCUUCAUUAUUUCCAGCAAAAUAAAUAUGAUUUGAUGGAUAAAACUUUCACAGCACUAUAUUUCCAUAUUAUUCCAACUAUUUAGUAUACCAAAUUCAAUACAUACAAUGGAUUUAAGUUCAAGGAAUAUGAUCUUCACUAAAUAUUCCGUCUGUCAAAUAAAAUUUGUUGUAGAUAUUGCAAUUUCGCUAUUUUAUUUCAUUAGUUCAGAACAUGUAAAUUCAUAUGAAUUCCUGUGAUCGAUAAAAAAUAUUAUGUUAGGCGGUAACGCCAAAAAUUGUUAAAUAAAGUAAAUUAAUAUUUGAUUAUACAACCUAGCAUUGUACGUCAACCCUUAAAACGUAAGAAAAUUUAUCUUGAAUAAUAUAGAAAUAUUACAUUGUUUUUCAUGUGAAACCACUUGUAUCAAUUAACAAUGAAUGUAUAUAAUAAUAAGAAGAUAUAUUUGAUGUACUACUAUACAAUUACUAACUUAAUUGUGUUGUUUGAUUCAAACUCAAACUCUUGAACUGUCAACAAUGCAAAAUACUGUCAAUGAUUCAAGAGAAAUUUAUGGUGAAAUCUCGAAAUACACUGUACUUUAUUUUGAGGAAUAAAAGUUGAAAUACUUCGC